AAGCCUCCAUUAAAGAGCCCGAGCUGACUGGUGACUGUAGGUCGAGUCUGGGAGAGGGGCAGCCUGGAAUGGACUAUCCUACGUAAACGUUAGCUGAGGAGAUAUGUCAUUUUAAUUGGUGCUUUAACUCUAUAGCAUAGCAGUGUGUUAAUAACGCACAUAACACUUUACAUAUGCUUCGAGGUUUGCCUUAAUGUAUUACCGUAUUAAAGUGGUGCUGUUAACUAUAUUUAAAAGAAAUACAUGGAUCAGCAGUGUCUUGCAAAGGUGGAGUAUUAUUAGCAAUCCAGGCAGUGCAACUGUCCUUCUGUUGUCUUGGCAAAGUGCAAAAAUGAAGUCAUAGGCCACUGUAUCCUGAAUCUACAAGUAAAAAAAAAAAAAAAAAAAAGAACUAGAGCUAGAAGCUCCAGCAAAGAACUGCUGCCUGAUGCCCAUGACUGCGCCCCCAUUUCCCCGCCUCCAUACCCUCGUCCAGCUGAAAUAUGCCCCGCCGUCCCAAGCCUUCCAGGAAAACUCGGCCUCGGGGGAGGACUGUGGGGAAGAAGGAAACCCGGCCUGUAUCCAAGAGGCGCACCUGUAACUCCAGCAAGCCCCGUGGGAAGACCGUGCAGAAGAAGGCUAAGGAGACGGGGAGAUCUGCAGCAAGGAGCCAGCCGGCUAAAGGGCAGCAGGGCAGUCGUCUCAGGAAACUCGCUAACGAGGGCAGUGCCAGAGCUUCAGGGUCAAUACGGCUUAGGUGCUCUCAAGAUCCACUGCCCCAGUAUGGUUUAUCUGAAGACCUCUAUGGUCGAAGGAAGUCUCUUCGCGGCACCUCAGUUUUCCAGAGCCUCCCACCAGCCCUGCUUCCCAACAGACGGAACCGGGCCGCUAGUGGGCGGGGUCAGCUGGGUGGAGUUCAGAAAGGGCGGCGCAACCCGGAACAUGAUUCUGCAGCUAGGUGUGAGGAGCAGGGGGUGGAGGUGUCUGUCCCGGGCAGCCAGGGCCAUCCUGUAAUUCCCCCCGUUGAGCAGGUCGCUGAGGAGCCUGCUGAGGACGGGAUGCCUCCUUCCGGUGAGGAGAAUGAGCCUCUGUGCUCGAUGAGCACGAGUGCAGAAGCUAAACCUAGUGAUGCUGCUCCUGAGUGCACAGAUCAGGACCAAACCAUGUCAAUACAGUCGGUGCUCACUGUGGAGGUGGGGCACACUGCUGAUCUAAGUCCCCAGUGCCCAAUAGAACCAGCUCUCCCAGACUCGUCCGUCAUGGAGACCUCAAAAGAAGAGGAGGACUUGAACCAAGGUGCUGAAACGCAGGAAGAGGUGUGCUCUGUUUUGUUGCUUGUCGACGAUCAGGUACCCCAAGUCACUCCUGUGAGUCCAAAGCCGGCGAAUGUGCCGCCGCAGGUCUGUGCAAUAGUAGACCACUACCCUACACCUCAAGAGACCAAGAGUCAAGAAACGGGACUCCACAUCUUGGCUCAGUGCAUCGAAGAGACCAAAGAAUACUCCGGAAAUUUCGAGCCGUUAGUGGGACCCAACACGGAUGCAGAGGCUCCAUCACUCCUCUUCCCUGGAUCAGAAGUCAGCAGCCUCACGUCAGGCUCAGACUCCAUGCCAAAGAUGACCCUUAGUCUUGAGAGCAAGCUCUCCUGCAGCUCCGAAAGCAACCCGUCCUGGUUUGAUACAGAGUCUGAGCUGGGCUGCCCCAAUCUCCUGGAUCUGGAGGCUCCAGCCUCAUUCCUGGGGUUGGAGCAGGAGAGGAAGAGGAAGGAGAGGAAGAAGAGGAGCCGAUGUGGGGCCUGCGAACCGUGCCUGCGCAAGGACAGCUGCGGGGCCUGCAGCUGCUGCCUCAACCGCAAGACCGGCCAUCAGAUCUGCAAACUGAGGAAGUGCCUGGAGCUGAGGAAGAAGCCCUCUGCUCUGUCAUUGGCUGAGUUGGGGUGCAAGGAUAUUGCCAAACCACGGAAAAAGAGACGAGUUUCCAAGGGUGAGCUGGAGAAAGCCUCGGUCAAUGGCACAAAACCACACCAGAUGGAAGAUUCCUGGCCGUUCCCAGAAUAUGUGCAGGCCUCGAAGGUCAUCGCAGACCCCCCAGGAGUUAGAUACUCACGGGAUGAUGUGGCACUUCCUCUGGAGACGGGACCCAGGACCGGAGACGACGUCAGCCAGCUCCUCCUUCAGCACGUCAGCGGGGUCCCUCACCAGGAUCCAGGAGAUAUGAAACCAAAUGGUGGUGCCUGUGUGGACCUGCCCUCUGCACCCCAAAGAACUUUUUCCAUGCAGCAUAGUUUCGGCUCAAAUUCAAAACCCGCCUCGGCGACAGACUCAGCCUCCCCCCCAAAAAAGAUCAAGAUGGAGGAGCCGUGUACAUGGGCGGGCGAACAGUCUGUUAGGGACUCGGGGAGCAGUGAUGGAUUUGAGGAUGCCCUAUCCACACUGGCAGCUGUCGUUUGCUUCUCCAUUUCGAAUAAGGAGGAGCAGCUCUAUAGCCCUCAUUCUCCCACAGUGUGCACUUUGAAGAAAGAACCAGAGGAAAUCUUUAGCAAUGCUUGCCCUAAAAAUGCUACUACCACUCCCACUCAGCUAAUCGCUGACCCUGCCCUUGGGAGAGAUGCUCAAAGGCUCUCUUUGCAAAGCGUGCAGUCCUUGGUCAAGCAAAGACACAUCAGUAUUGAGCAAGCUAUUGCUAUCGAGGCCCUAACCCAACUUGCAGUGGCACCCCUAAUGACCCCCUCACAAGCACUUGACCAGGGCCAGCCCCACGAAUACAGGCACUCAUCAAGUUUGGCUUCAAGUACAGACUUAGAUCCACAGCAGAGCAAGUCGGCAUCAGAUACUAUUUCAUACAAAGUGCCAGUAAUCAGCACACCAUCAAACCAAACCUCUGUCAUCCAAUCUCCAUUAAGUAAGCAAAAUAACUUCACCAACAGCUCACACAGCCUUUCCACAAUAGGCAAGCUGUCCUUGCAGGACCUCUUAGAGGCCAGCUCAGAAGCGGAAAGGAUGUCAUCAUGUAUCAACUGUGAAAAGCACUUCCAUAACCAGGACCAAGAUCUUAACAGGAGAAGGGAGCAUACACUUUGUCGAGUGGAGAGGGUAGACGGCACUUUCGAGGGGCACCAAAAGGAGGAAAGGAUACCGCCACUUAGCAAAGUCACAAGGAAUAAGGACGAGGAGGAGGUGGCAGCUCAGUUGGCACAGCUUGCCUUCAUAAUUGAAUCGAGUCACAAGCAGAGCACUGUAAGCACAGCCCGCCCGCUUGCCCCGCAGAGUACAAAGGACCAGAACAUUAAGAACAGCUACCAUUCGCUCCUGCACAAGCCUACCCCCAAGAAGCCGAAAACCACACCUUCCAAGCCCAGAAUUUCAAAGAAAAAGGUCAACGCCAACAAGAGCGAUAACAGCCAUGAGUCCGACUUCCCAAAACGGUUAGCCAGUGGCAAGACCCCUCAUAAGACCAAGGUCCAAAAAGUAUUCCCGCUGCAGAAGGUGACAGGCCACCACAAGAACCUGUUUCCUCCCCAAGCCCAGAUGGACCUUAAAAGAUAUAUAGCAGAAGCUUACCAUGAGAGGCAUCAAUUUCAGAAAGGCACCAACCUCUGCAGAGAGCCUGAGAGGCCACCUUUUUCUGGGUCCUGGGUUCAGAACGGUGUCACCUGCAAAAGUCCAAAGCUGGCUGCUUCCAUUGGCUCCCAUGAUGACGGGCGUAUUUGUAAUGUUGACCAAGAUCACGGUCAGAGGAAUGGUCACCCGGAAUCUCCGCUGGCACCGAGAUGUCAGCAUGACUUAAUUACUCAGGUAUCGCAGUCCGAUGAUGUUCUACGUAAUGGUGCUAAGCUCCAGGCGGGCUUUACAGAGGCCUGCUUGCCCAGUGAAAUCUCCGACCCCAGGCUUGCGUUUCACGACAGAGCCGUGACUGAGAGCUCUGCAGGAGAUCAGAGACCAGCUUUUCCAGCCAAUGAGGGAUACUGCAAGGUGGAGGCUUCAGGGUCAGUCACUGUCCUGUCCAUUUCAAGUCCCAGCGGCGCAGGAAGUAACCCAACCUUUCCCGGGGAAUCCACUCCCACUAAAAACACUCUUAACAGUUUUCUGGAGUCUCCUCUCAGAUUCUUGGAUACACCAACCAAGAAUUUAAUUGACACCCCAUCGAAAAAAGGCACAAGCCCUUCACACUGCGGUUGCAUGGAGCAAAUAAUUGAAAAAGAAGAAGGGCCAUAUUAUACUCACCUUGGAUCAGGCCCAACUGUGGCAGCUGUGCGGGAAAUGAUGGAAAACAGGUACGGGCAGAAGGGGAACGCUGUGCGGGUGGAGGUGGUGGUGUACACUGGGAAGGAGGGCAGGAGCUCUCAGGGCUGCCCCAUCGCCAAAUGGGUGAUACGCCGCAGCAGUGCUGAGGAGAAGCUGCUGUGCCUGGUGAGGCAGCGGGCGGGGCACUCCUGCCAGGACGCCGUGGUGGUCAUCCUCAUCCUGGCGUGGGAGGGCCUCCCGCGCGCGGUGGCGGACCGGCUCUACGAGGACCUGACCCAAACGCUGUGCAAAUACGGCUCGCCCACCAGCCGGCGCUGCGCCCUCAACGAAGAUCGCACCUGCGCCUGUCAGGGAUUGGACCCGGAAACCUGUGGCGCCUCCUUCUCUUUCGGCUGCUCCUGGAGCAUGUACUUCAACGGCUGCAAGUUCGCCCGCAGCAAGACCCCCCGCAAGUUUCGGCUGCUCGGAGACUACCCACAGGAGGAGGAGAAGCUAGAGAAGAAUCUUCAGAGUCUGGCCACAGACCUGGCCCCUGUUUAUAAGAAGCUUGCCCCAGAAGCCUUUCAGAAUCAGGUGGAGCAGGAGGAUGCGGGGCAGGACUGUCGGCUGGGCCUAAAGGAGGGCAAGCCUUUUUCGGGGGUGACCGCCUGCGUGGACUUCUGUGCUCAUGCACACAAGGACACGCACAACAUGAACAACGGGAGCACCGUGGUAUGCACUUUAACCAAGGAGGACAACCGGGCGGUGCGGAACAUUCCGGAGGACGAGCAGCUGCACGUGCUGCCCCUCUACAAGAUCUCGGAGCGGGACGAGUUUGGCUGCGCAGAGGGCCAGUGGGCCAAGAUGCACUCGGGGGCCCUGCAGGUGCUGACGGCCUUCCCGCGCGAGGUCCGCCUGCUGGCUGAACCCGCAAAGUCCGCCCGCAAGAAGAAGCUGGAGGCGCGCAAGGCCUCCGCCGAGAGGCAGGCCCUCCAGGAGAAGAAGCAGGCCGCCCUGGUCAGGACCAAGGCGGAGAGCGGUUCCAAAAGCAUUUUAGCUGAGCAGGUGCCCUCAUUCAAAAUGGAGCCCCAGACCUACUACAGCCCUUUGAAAUUGCCCAAAACACCUGCCACUGCGCACUGCUUAGCUGAGAAUUACAGUUCUUCUGUCCCGUAUAACGUCAGUAGUCCAUACCCUUUAAUCCCUGCAGCACCCGUCCCCGACGUGGAGGCACUUUCCCCCCUCCAGCCCGGUGUCUCUGGCCCCCCUUAUGGGUAUCUUGGCCUGCCAGGGAGCCACGGAACCAACUACGGAACUCCCUUCCUGCAGUACGGCACCGCAGGCCCAGUCGUCAAUGGAUACUCGCUCAGUGUCGGCGAGCAGAACCUGCUUAGCAACCAGCAGCUGGGAGCCGAUUCCGCAGCGUGUUUAAGCUCUCCAGGGGUGGGCGGCUGCCCCCGCGCUCUCAAAAUGGAGGUGGGUGAGGAAGGCUGCCGGUCCUCUUUCCACAGGCCGUCCAGCGAGGGCAGUUCUGAAGACUCCUCCCCAAAAGUCCAAGAGGGCCUCAGAAGCAGGCCCAACGGGUACCACGGGGAGGUCCAGGAUCCUGCCCUGGCCUCGGGCGGCGUCAAAUGCGAGGAGGUGUGGUCGGACAGCGAGCACAACUUCCUGGACGAGGACAUCGGCGGGGUCGCCGUGGCGCCCUCGCACGGCUCCAUCCUGAUCGAGUGUGCCCGGCGGGAGCUGCACGCCACCACGCCCAUCGUCAAGCCCGACCGCAGCCACCCCACCCGCGUCUCGCUCGUCUUCUACCAGCACAAGAACCUGAACGAGGCCGGCCACGGCCUGGCCGUGUGGGAGGCCAAGAUGGCCGAGCGGGCCAGGGAGAGGGAGGAGGAGGCCGAGAGGCUGGGGAUGGGGCUGGGGGGCGGGGGCGGGGCCGAGGCCAGCCCGUCCAAGUCCAAAGCCAAAAAGGCCAGGCCGGGCGGCGGGAACGGCGGGGAGGAGGAGGAGGAGGAGGAGGUCUUCCCCAAGGAGGCGGGUCUCCUGCAGGUCCCCACGCGGCACGCGCCGUCCGUCACGCGGGAUGGGCUGGUCACCGCGUCCCCGUACGCCCUGACCCAAGUCACCGGUCCCUACAGCCGCUGGGCGUGACCCGCCCAGCCGGACCGUACCUCAGUCACCUUACCGCCGUCUGCUCUUCCUCUUUCAUUUUUACUUUCAUCUCAGCUGUCACCAGAAUGAGGGUUUACAGUUUGGGUUUUAACUGUGAGUAUUUCUGUAUCUAUGUAAGUGUGUAUGUGUGUGUGUGUGUGUGUGUGUGUGCAUAUUCAUGCACAUUAUUUGUGUUUGUUUUGUUUUUGUAACCAGAAUGGUGCUCCAAAACCGAUUUUGAAAAUGUUUUCAACAGGUUUUCUAUACAAAUUGAAAAAGAACAUACAUACCUAGGUGAGAUUAUUUAUUCUGAUCAUUGUCAAAGCUGUUUUUAAUUUAAUCAAGCCUGUUUACUGCAAUUGUGCUGUGUGUCAGCCUACAUGUUGCUUGCAAAGAGUAAACACUCUAAUUUUACAGUGAAACAUUAAUUGUUUACUGUUUGCUCGCAUUGAUGUGCUUUUGGACAUAAGAACCAGUCCCUGGUGCUCUUUUUAUAGGAUGAGUUUUUAAUGAAUAUGGAUUUCAUGUGGUGCCAUUGUUGCAGAAAAAAAUACAUUCAAGAAAAAAGAAAAAUAUGGACAUAUUCUUGUUUUCAUAGGUGAGUUUUUAAUUUUGUUUUGUACUGAAAGACAUGUAGCAUUGUCCUGAAAUAUUCCUUUUCCAACUGUGUUUUGGCUAAUUAUGACAAUGAAGGAAAGGUACUUUAUUUUUAUAUGGUUUUGGAUUUGUUACAUGAGCAUAUUUACAGUGUACAAAGAUGACAUGUUGAAAAGCACUUUCUUAUUUUUAAAGCAUAACUUGAAAUAGAUCAACUUCAAAUCUGUACCGAUAGAGAUUGGGCGAGGCCCACGUACCUGAUCCAUGUCUUCUUUUCACUGUCCGUGUCGCUUUGUGGUGUACAAUAUUCAGCGGUUUCUCCUCACAUUUGUAAUAGCUGACUACCAACACGACGUGCUGUUUGAAGCAAUAAUUGUGUAACGUCAUGUACCGCAUUCAGAGAUGCAGGACUUCUAAAAUUGGUCAUUUAAAUCACACAAAGCGAUUCCCUUUCCUCAAAGAAGCUUUGAAAAUUCCCAGACCAUGAGAUCAUGGGCUAAAUGCAAAGCUUGACAGUCCGUCUUUGGAUGUAAUUACAUUGCGGUUCGACAGAUGAUGGGUGAUUACCCCUGAGCAGGAUCACUCCUCAUACUCGGGCUGGUCUUUCACCAGCACGAUCGCAAUCACGGAUUUUACGUGGGUUUAAACUCACUUUUGUAUCAUGGAUUACUCAUGCAGAGCAUCCCUGUACAGUUUGUGCCAGGUAGGAUUUAUGACACAGCCAGGCAACUGCUCCCGAGGUUAACCAAUGACCUGACUCUAAUGGCUCUGUCCUCAGGGGGGCUAUGAGUCAUAUGAUCACAUGGUAAAGGUGUAUGACGCAGGUGUAGGGCAUGUAGUGAACCCUCCUUUUUCUCUGCAGAAGUGUGGGGGAUCUACAGGUUGGCGUGUGUGCCACAAUCAAAAGACCCCCCAACAAACUAGCUUAUAGCCUCCAGAUGAUUUUUUAAAAUGUUUGUAGCAACACAGGGAUUGUUGCUCCUUGACCCUUUCUUUGGUCCUUGCAAACAUCUCAAAGCAUCCAUGGGGGAAGAAAGUGCUGUGCUAUAUGUAACUAUGAAAUCUAAUUCUGUUUUGCUUUUUGAGUUGAUUUAAAUUUUUUAAAAUGUAAAGUUUACAGGCAUUCUGUCACAGGGCUUUUUGGACCUUUGCUCGCAUUUAAGACCUGAGUUGAAUUCUUUUUAAGCAUGUAUUUUGCUUUUUAUCUUGGUGCUACAAUAUAUGGUGCACAAAGUUGUUCUUCUAAAUAAGCUUUUGUUUGCCAUUCACAUUAACGGUGCUUGCUACCAAAAGAUUGCCGAUUUAUUUCUCCAACAGAAAUGGAGCGUAAGCUUUGUACUGCACAUGCUCUGUCUGGACUGUGUUCAGAACAGCAGUGUUCAGAUCAUCUUCAUACCUGGUCUUUGAAGCUUAACAGCGACAAGAACAACAACAAAGGCACAACUACACGUGAAAACCUUGAAGUCCCUGAGCUGUAAUCCUUUAAUCCAGAAGCCAGCCUUAUGUGGCUUCAUUCAGUUCCGCAUAAUGAAACACAUUGCCGGGUCUUUUAGCUGGAGAGCAUAACGCCAGAUAGAGGUGGAGUUGGAGUAUGUCAGAGGAGGAAGAGUGUAGGAAUGUUAAAAGCAGAAGAGAAGUGAUCUUGUAUCGCAGGCAUGUGUGGAGGUUGGCAGCUUUUACUGGUGCUGACUACCGCUUUUUCUGUAACACUGUUUUAUGUUAAAGGGAGUUAAACGGUGCAAAAGGGAGAGAGCGCCUUACCUCACACCGCUGCCUGAAUAAUGGCUUAACACGCCUGUGGCAGUCGGUCCGCCGGAGAGGCGGAUUGGUCUCGGUUGCGUCCUGGCUGGUGGAGAGAGCACACGCACCUGGGCUGCGUUAGCUAAUCAGCGCAGGUGCUUAAAGGUGUGCUGCUCUCCACAAGUUCGGGGGCCGCAUCUCCCUCCCAGGGUUGUCACGCUGGCGUGGGACAACGCCGUAUCGUUAGUGACCUCAGAGCGGGACCGACUCCAAAUGACCUCCCCUGGACAGGUCAGUGCAAGGUCACUCCAAAUGACCUCCCCUGGACAGCUCAAAGCAUCACUCCAAAUAACCCCCCCCCCUACUGGGCAGCUCAAAACGGGGUCACUCCAAAUAGUUCCCCCCCCCUCCCCCCCUUCCCCAGGCGGCUCGGAGCAUGGUCACCCUGCUCAGGAUUUCAGCCCCUCAGAAGUUUGCCUGAGCAGAACCUUUUCCUCCUCGUCAUGGUGCUAUUGGACAUUGCAGGGGCAGGAAGUGCAGCCGGGCCCCUCCGUCACUCCACCAUGGAAAAUGCUGUGAGACACUGGUUUCAAUGUGCUAAGUGCCAGAGUGUGUUAUUCCUGGCCCUCUGGGCAACAUUACCGCACAUCAGGCAUGUGACAGCACUGCUGUAAUGGCACUCAUUUGCUGCAACAGAUAUGGUAGCUGGGUGUGUCACUCAUCCUUUUCAUCAUGAAUGAGCCGAGCUUUGAGCUUCGAUGGCUCUGAGUGAUUGGUGCUUUUUCAAACUGAUUUAUCUGUGGGAUUGUGCUUUUAUCCACAUGUUCAGCCACUGCAGACUCUGCUGUCAUGACCAGACAACAGCCAAGCAUAGUUAAAGAAAAACCAUAAUCAAUAUUUACAUAAAGGGUUUCCUUUUUUUGUACUUUCUUGUGAUUUUAAAUGUAUUGUACAGUUUCCUGAAAUCAUUGACACCCUGGUCUAUGAAAUAGCAACAGCCUUAUCUUCAUCUUUUUCAAAAUCCUAAUAAGGUCACAUUAGUUUGGAAAUAAAUUUUACAGAUUUCAGAUUGUCCGGUUUAAGAUCGUUCACAGUGGCCAAGUUAAUGUGUCAUGUUAGUCUUUUCAAAGCUCUCAGAAGGUUUUGCAAACUCUCAAAUGUCACCAUUUUGAGUCCUAAAUCAUUACUGUGUGUAUGUAAGCAUUGAACCUGUGUGUGUGUGUGUGUAUGUGUGUACGUGUGUGUGUAUGUGUGUGACGUAGCAGUUGUCAGUUUGCACUGGGUUUUUGUAUUUUCUUUGUCAGGGAAACCUGUUUAUAUGGUGGCUGUUUGCUAUGUGUUGUUCACUGAUAUAUGCCAGGGAAAUUGGGACUGUAUAAAAGACCCCCUGCAGUGGAUCUGUAUGUUGUUCAGGUCCCAGAAAUGCCCCAUGUAGAAGCAAAGCCAAAAUGAUGAAUAUACAGACCCCAGAGAGAUUACAAAAAAACCUGACUAAUAUUUGCAGCUAUCGCCCAAACCGCUAUUCUGUGUAGCCUUCAAGCUAUUUUGGCUGUUUUAAGAAACGGACAGCUUAACCCCUUCCUAUCAAUCAUUAGCUAUUUUUAUUUUCUCAGGUCUGAAGCCUUUAUGUUACUCAGUUUUAUUUUAGUCAGGAUACAGGUUGUGAAAAUAUAGUCUUCCAGACUGUUGUGUGCGUAUUGUUACGUGUCCUUCCCAUGACAGAUUAAAAGGGAUUACCUUUAGUUUUAAAAAAAUGCUUUUUUGUAUUACAGAAAGAUCGUUUCCACAGCAUAAAUAAUGGAAAUUGGGCAAGUAGUCUUAAUCAAAGUGAUAAGGAAUGUAAGCUUCUUUUCUGAGAAUGUAACAUGCAAGGCAGUGAUUCAGAACUGUGAGAUUUCUCCAUUUUUCUCCUUAUUUGAGCAGUGCAUAAUGCAGAAGAGACGUGUCUUGUGAAAUUGUGUAAUUGCUCAUUUUACUUGAAGAUUCUUGAGUUGUACCUGUGUGUAACUUGAACCUGUCACAAGACAAUGACAUGUAACCAACACCAGCUCUUUAGAAGUUAGAGGUUAUUAUAGGAAGAAAUAAGAUUUAAGUGGACAUCAGCUACAUGUAAACUUUUUUUAUUUUCCAUGUGAAACCAAUUGUUGUAAAUUCUUGAGUUUUUAACUGUAUUUUCCAUGUUGUAGACCAAGGUUUUUAUUAUUCUGCUUCUGGUUGAAAUGUAUUACUGUACGUAAAUGCUAGGUAACUAUCGAUUUUACAGACUUGAGAAGAUCCUAAAUUCAGCAUUCCUAAUGAUGCCCACCUUUAUGGGUGAUUUUAAAAUAAAGAUAUAUUUAUAUUUUUCAGUUGAA